GUUGAUCUGAUAAUAUUUUCUUUUUCCCAGUGGAACUUGGCGGGUCUAUCCAUACCAUCCCUAUCAACUCUAUACACAAAGACUGCCCUUCCAGUCUGCGAUAGUUUCUUCCUCUAUUGUUUCCUUUUUUUUUCAAUCCUACCUUCUUCAUCACCUAUACAAUGCCCUCCUCCGCACCCCUCAUCCGCGCAAAGGCCAAUGGCCAUCACGGCCACAACGGCCAUAAAGCCGAGAUCCCCAUUAGCUACGACAUCAACAUCCCCUAUGUCGACGUCGACAAAAUCUCCCAGAUCAACACCCCAUACCCCCAAUACCUCCCAACCUGGGAUCCAAUCUGGUUCGACCCCCUCACACCCUUCGAAUACCUCGAUCCAGCCCUGCGCGUCAAAGACCCCGCCAUGCGCAACCUCCUCACCCCGGACGUAACCGUCAAACACAUCCAGCCCAGCAUCGGCUCCGUCGUCGAAGGCGUCCAGCUAAACUGUCUCUCCGACGCCGCCAAAGACGAACUCGCCCUCCUCAUCUCCCAGCGCAAAGUCCUCGCCUUCCCGGACCAGGAUCUGAUCGAUGACGGGCCCGAGGCGCAGGAGUCGUUUAUGCGGUACUUUGGCAAACCCAAUUACCAGCCCGUUUCGGGCACCGUGCGCAACCACCCGGCUUUCCACGUUAUUCAUCGCGAUGGCAACCGUGACGAGAUUGCCCGGUUUUUGGACGCCCGCACGACGACGACCCUCUGGCACCAGGAUGUCAGUUAUGAAAUCCAGCCCCCCGGCUAUGUCAUGUUGGGUCUGUUGCAGGGGCCCGAGGUGGGCGGGGAUACCGUCUUCGCGGCGACGGAUAUGGCGUAUAAGCGGUUGUCGCCGACGUUGCGCUCGUUCUUGGAUACGUUGAAGUGCGUGCAUUCGUCGGCGAAGAUGAUUGCGCAUACGCGGUUGACGGGCGGUUUGGUGCGCAAGGACCCCGUUGAUACGGUGCACCCGUUGAUUCGUGUCCACCCCGUUACUGGGGAGAAGUGUUUGUUCCUGAAUGCCGAGUUCAUUACCAAGAUUCAGGGAAUGAAGGAGCCCGAGGUCAAGUGGAUGUUGGAUUUCUUGAUGAAUCAUAUUAUUGCCGGUCAUGAUUUCCAGGCGAGAGUUCGUUGGCAGCCGCGGACUGUCGUCAUGUUUGACAAUCGGUCCACUACUCAUUCUGCGAUCGUGGACUAUCUCGAUGAAGAAUACGGCGCGAAGGCACGGCAUAUCUUCCGGCUGUGUGCCCUGGGCGAGAAGCCAAUUCCCGUGUACGACGAGUUCGAGUAAAAAGACCACCGCCAUGUCUCUGUUUAUGCUAGCGAUUCGGGUCUCCUUUCCUUGUUUUUUUUUUUUUUCAUCUGAUAGACGGUCUUUCAAGUGUUCCGGUGUUUUGGUUUAGACCGCGUGCUUUUUUUUCUGGGAAAAUAUCUACUCUGUUCUUCGUUUCGGGAUGGUUGAAAACUACGACCGCUUAAUGGCAAUUUCAUGACCAAAACCACUUACGAUGAAUGAUGGCUUACUCUUGAGUCAAUACUUGGAAAAGAAAAAGCAAGUGUCCAUGUAGAUCUAGAUCUCCUUAUAUUGCAGAACGAAAAUGUCGUUUAAUUACCACACCCUCAA